AUCGAUGAGAGAAGCAAAUGAGCACGACAGUCUGAGCGUUUUAUCACAUGGAUUAUGCAGAUAUAUUGGUUCUUCUCAGAUUUGCCCCCCGAAGAUGCUACCAUGAGUAGAGACUCCCAUUAAUCGGAAUGAAUUCCAUGGAUUUGCCCGUGUUCAUUCAAAUUCACGAUCAUCCACUAGUAGCACUCGCGUGCCUAUCUCUCCUUGACCCCGCCUGCUCCGGUCAAUACGGUCCGCCCAGAUUCAGAGUGAGUAGGUAACAUCAGUAUUUAUGCGUGUUUCGGCAUCUUUUUGAUCAGUGACUGUCAUCCCACUAAAGUCACUGUACAGUAUCGUAUAAUUUAGAUCAUAUUUGUGCUUUAUCAGUUUAGAUGACUUGCUCAAAAAUGCAAAGCAAUAGCCGGUGCGUGGUCUAAUUGGCAGCACCCACGACCAACGGAAAGCCAACCGGGAGUCGACGGAACCUCGGGAACCUCACCGGAGCUUUCUGUCAAGACAAGUGCUUUCUCUCAAGUGUGCAAGGCUGCAUCGAUAGGACUGGAAUGUGUCUGUUCAGAUUAGACUGUCGGAGGAACGAAGCCGAAGCACGGGACCGGGAUCAGGGAGAAGCAGGAUGCUGAACCGCGAUCAGGGUGGAUCUAUGUGGACUCGAGGUGUACCCUGAUUUCCCAGCCCCUCCCCCUUCCCUCAAUCACCCCCACCCUACAACCUGUUUACUCCAUCCAGCACACUACAGUCACCAUGACGUCCACCUUGCAGACCCUUGCCCUUAAGCUGGCCCCUCCUUCAAGAGAAGCUGGACCAGAGCAGAUGGAGCCUUGUAAUGGAGUGGGGCGAAGUUAUGAGGUGGUCCCCUCAGUGGUCUGCUCUAUGUGCUGUCUCUUCGGAAUAAUCUAUUGCUUCUUUGGUUACCGCUGUUUUAAGGCUGUACUCUUCCUGACGGGGCUCAUGUUCGGUUCUGUAAUCAUCUUCCUGCUCUGUUACAAAGAGCGAGUAUUGGACACACAGCUGAGCGUUGAGGCCAGCGUGGGCAUUGGCCUGGGCAUUGGCACCCUGUGUGGCCUAGUGACCAUGUUGGUACGCAGCGUUGGGCUUUUCAUGGUGGGGCUGCUCCUGGGACUGCUGGUGGGUAUCGGGACCAUGAUAGGAAUGGAGGAGCUGUCGUCCAACCCCCCGCGGUCUGUAUGGGUGCCCCUGGGUGUCCUGCUGGGGCUGGGCAUGCUGUUCGCCGUCCUCACCCUGCAGUGGCAGAGGUGCUUCACCACCCUCUCCACAGCUGUGUUUGGGGCUGCAGUGAUAGUCGUGGCUACAGAUUAUUUCGUGGAGCUCUUCGCUUUGGUGAGGUAUAUUUACGAGCGGGUGAAAACGGGCCCCCGGGAGCCAGUGUGCUGGACUACGUGGGUGGUCCUGGGAGCCUGGCCUGCUCUCGCCCUGCUGGGUGUUUUGGUGCAAUGGAAAGUGACAGCAGAGGGCUACUCCCACACGAAGGUGAUGAUCAGUCGCCAGCAGCGGCGAGUUCAGCUCAUGCGUAUUCGUCAGAAAGAGGAGAGGAGGGAGAGCAGCAGAAAGAAAAAGAAGAAGCAGCCGCAGAACUCAAACCACACACAUGCCGCCAAAGCCCUGCACCCAGAGCCCGCCUACCGCAGGAAACCCAACCCUAUACGACGCUUUGAUGGAGAUGUGCUUUCUCCUAGCUACAUCCAGAGUUUUCGGGACAGACAGGUGGAUGGACGUGCUUAUCCUGUGGGUGGACUGAUGACUGCGGGUCACACAAGUGUGGACAUGGACUAUGACUGUGGAUCCAGGGUCCCCCUCACUUCUGGGGUCGGACCACAUGUUCGAGUCUGACCACAGUCACUUCUUGACAAAAACACACACACAAACACUCAAAUCCGGUGCUGCCCUGACCCUGGGUCCUGCACACACUGAGGCUUGGGUCUCCACAUCAUUCGAAACCAACAAUGAAAGCACUUCUAAUUAUAAUACUAGACGCAUCAUUCCGAGACCACAGUUGUAUUAAAGAGCUGCUUUAACACACUCAAUCACACUAACACACUUUACCUGAACAUGUGCCUGAGACGUGGCAUUCUGUUCACCUAAUACUGAAACCAUCAUGAGGUGCUCCAAACAAAGAAAAAUCUGGUCACCAUUUUGUCAAAUUUUCUUAAAACGUCUGUGGUGAAUUAGCGUGUUGCCCGUUCAUCAAUGUUUCCCGAUAUUGCAUUUCUGUUUGUGAAAAAUUCGUCAGUUGGUGCUGAAUCUUGUCUUUGUACUACAACGCUGACUGCUAUUUUGAAGUCAGCCGUUCCUCCUCUCAUUGUUAAGUCUGUGGAUUCCACCAGUCCAUGUCUGUACUGUGAGAUCCUGCAUUCCAGCCCAGGACUGUACCAAAUACCGUCGAGCAGGGGUGCCUUCGAGACACCACUAAGAAACUCUCUCAGGAGAAUCUAACUCCUUAGCCUUCUUUCAGAAAGGCUGUAGGGCAAAGAGCCAUAUUACUGCUGAUCAGAGCCACCUGGUCCACUCUGGGAUGCAGAGCUGAAUGCCUGGUGAUGAAAAGAACGAGGACAAGAUGGAGGAAAAGAGCGAAGAUGAUACUCAGGGACAGCGUGGAUGUUUUAGAAUUUCGGGGGAAGAUCUAUAAAGUUCAUGGACAAGAAAUGAUGAUGCAAAACAAAAAAUUUGUCCCCUCGGAUGCAAGUGCAAAUGUAUGUCAUCAUGAGCGUUCAGUUACUGCUGUGUAUAAAACUACUUUGCAAGUAAACAUAUAGGGUGGACAUUAGGGUUGAGGAGCAAAUGUCCUCCU